AUGCGGCGUGAGGACAAACGACACGGACCGCUGCCACAGAGCUGUGCGUUAUUUAAUGGUGGGAGGCGGCGGCGGCGGCAGUGCCAGCAGUGGGUGGCGGAGAGUGGUUUGGCCAACGGCGGCGGCCGCAGCUGGCUCGGCUCCGGCCCUCCAAUUACCGGCACUGAGGGAUACAAGGGUUACGAGGAAGUAAAUUUGUACCAGUGGGACAUCGCCGGCUUAAUAUCAUAUGAAACCACAAUAAAUUCGCACGACCAAAAGUCGCCCGACCCAAAGUCGCCCGACCCAAAGUCGCCCGACCCAAAGUCGCCCGACCCAAAGUCGCCCGACCCAAAGUCGCCCGACCCAAAGUCGCCCGACCCAAAGUCGCCCGACCCAAAGUCGCCCGACCCAAAGUCGCCCGACCCAAAGUCGCCCGACCCAAAGUCGCCCGACCCAAAGUCGCCCGACCCAAAGUCGCCCGACCCAAAGUCGCCCGACCCAAAGUCGCCCGACCCAAAGUCGCCCGACCCAAAGUCGCCCGACCCAAAGUCGCCCGACCCAAAGUCGCCCGACCCAAAGUCGCCCGACCCAAAGUCGCCCGACCCAAAGUCGCCCGACCCAAAGUCGCCCGACCCAAAGUCGCCCGACCCAAAGUCGCCCGACACAAAGUCGCCCGACCCAAAGUCGCCCGACCCAAAGUCGCCCGACCCAAAGUCGCCCGACCCAAAGUCGCCCGACCCAAAGUCGCCCGACCCAAAGUCGCCCGACCCAAAGUCGCCCGACCCAAAGUCGCCCGACCCAAAGUCGCCCUCGCCCGACCCAAAGUCGCCCGACCCAAAGUCGCCCGACCCAAAGUCGCCCGACCCAAAGUCGCCCGACCCAAAGUCGCCCGACCCAAAGUCGCCCGACCCAAAGUCGCCCGACCCAAAGUCGCCCGACCCAAAGUCGCCCGACCCAAAGCCGCCCGACCCAAAGCCGCCCGACCCAAAGCCGCCCGACCAAAAGCCGCCCGACCCAAAGCCGCCCGACCCAAAGCCGCCCGACCAAAAGCCGCCCGACCAAAAGCCGCCCGACCAAAAGCCGCCCGACCAAAAGCCGCCCGACCAAAAGCCGCCCGACCAAAAGCCGCCCGACCAAAAGCCGCCCGACCAAAAGCCGCCCGACCAAAAGCCGCCCGACCAAAAGCCGCCCGACCAAAAGCCGCCCGACCAAAAGCCGCCCGACCAAAAGCCGCCCGACCAAAAGCCGCCCGACCAAAAGCCGCCCGACCAAAAGCCGCCGGACCAAAAGUCGCCCGACCAAAAGUCGCCCGACCAAAAGUCGCCCGUCCCAAAGUCGCCCGUCCCAAAGUCGCCCGUCCCAAAGUCGCCCGACCAGAAGUCGCCCGACCAGAAGUCGCCCGACCAGAAGUAG